UGCGCCCUCAGUGGCUCUUCCUUUCCCCGCCCCAACUCCCAAGUCCGGGUGUUACUCCGGAACUGAAAUUGCUGUGCUUUGGUUUCCCGCUCGGAAGAGACUGAGAGGAGAGCUUCACGCGGGGUGGCAAGAUGGCGUGGUCAGGGAAUAAGGCAGCUGUGGUGCUAUGCCUAGAUGUGGGCUUUAACAUGAUGAACUCUCUUCCUGGUGAGGAGUCCUCAUUUGAACAAGCCAAGAAGGUGAUGACCAUGUUUUUGCAGCGGCAGGUUUUUGCUGAGAGCAAAGAUGAAAUUGCCCUAGUUCUUUUUGGUACGGACACCACCAAGAAUGACCUUGCCACGGGGGAUCAGUAUCAGAAUAUUACUGUACACAGACUGCUCAUGCUACCAGAUUUUGAAUUGUUGGAAGACAUUCAAAACUCAAUUCAGCCAGGCUCUAAAGAAGCUGACAUCCUCGAUGCUCUCGUUGUGUGCAUGGAUGUGUUACAAAAGGAAACCAUUGGAAAGAAGUUUGAGAGGAAACAUAUUGAAGUGUUCACUGACCUGAGUAGUCCCUUCAGCAAAGACCAGCUGGACAUUAUCAUCAGUAACUUGAAGAGCUCUGACAUCUCCCUUCAGUUCUUUCUUCCUUUUCCAGCUGACAGCCAAGAUGAGCCUGAAGAUAGAGAUGAUAGCAACUCUCACUCUGCAAGACACAAACCAUCUCUUCCGCAGAAAGGACUCACUGAGCAACAGAAAGAAGGUGUUUGUGUGGUGAAGAAUAUGAUGAUGAUGCUAGAGGGGGAAGGUGGUCUAAAUGAGAUUUACUCCUUCAGUGAAAGUCUGAAGCAGCUGUGUGUCUUUAAGAAAAUUGAAAAGAGACCCAUGCCCUGGCCAUGCCAACUGACCAUCGGCUCUAAUCUCUCUAUAAGGAUUGUGGCCUACAAGUCAGUUACUCAGGAAAAAGUAAAAAAAAGUUGGACAGUUGUAGAUGCUAGAACUCUAAGGAAAGAAGAUAUACAAAAGGAAACAGUUUACUGCUUAAAUGAUGAUGAUGAAACUGAAAUUCAGAAAGAAGACACAAUCCAAGGGUUCCGCUACGGGAGUGAUAUCGUUCCUUUCUCUAAAGUGGAUGAGGAGCAAAUGAAAUACAAAACAGAAGGAAAAUGCUUCUCUGUUUUGGGAUUUUGUAGGUCUUCUCAGGUACACAGGAGAUUCUUUAUGGGAAAUCAAGUUCUAAAAGUGUUUGCUGCAAAAGAUGAUGAGGCAGCAGCAGUGGCGCUCUCCUCCUUAAUUCAUGCACUGGAUGAAUUAGACAUGGUGGCCAUCAUCCGGUAUGCUUAUGACAGAAGAUCUAAUCCCCAGAUUGGUGUAGCUUUUCCUUUUAUCAAGCAGGCUUAUGAGUGCUUAGUGUAUGUGCAGCUGCCCUACAUGGAAGACUUAAGGCAAUACCUGUUUUCCUCCUUGAAAAACAAUAAGAAGUGUACUCCCACAGAGGCCCAGCUUUCUGCAGUUGAUGCUUUGAUUGACUCCAUGAGCUUGGUUAACAAAGAUGAUGCUGAGGACACCAUUGAAGACAUGUUCCAAACCUCUAAAAUUCCAAAUCCCCAGUUUCAGAGGUUGUUUCAGUGCUUGCUCCAUAGAGCUCUGCACCCCAGUGAUCCUCUGCCACCAAUCCAGCAACAUCUCUGGGACAUGCUGGAUCCCCCUGAGGAGGUGACAGCUAAGUGCCAAGCCCCUCUCUCCAAAAUAAAGGCUCUUUUCCCUCUAACUGAAGCUGUCAAGAAAAGGGAUCAAAAAACAGCUCAGGACAUCUUCCAAGAUAACCACGAAGAUGAACCUGUAUCUAAAAAAGCCAAAACAAAGGAAGGAGAAGGCAAUUUUAGUAUCUCCAGCCUGGCUGAAGGCAACAUCACCAGUGUUGGCAGUGUGAAUCCAGCUGAAAACUUCCGUGUCCUAGUGAGACGAAAGAAUGCUGACUUCAGGGAAGUAAGCUGCCAGUUGAUACACCACAUUGACCAGUUUUUGGAGACCAAAAGGCUACAGUAUUAUAUGAAGAGCCUUGACUGCAUCAAAGUAUUCAGGGAGGAAGCCAUCCAGUUGUCAGAAGAACAGAACUUUAACAAUUUCCUGCAAGCCCUUCGAGACAAAGUGGAAGAUAAAGCCCUGAAUGAUUUCUGGGAUAUUGUUGUUCAAGAUGGCAUUACUCUUAUCACAAAAGAUGAAUCUCCAAGAAGCUCUGUAACAUCUGAAGAAGCUGAAAAGUUUCUGGCCCCAAAGGAAAAACCAGCUGAAGUCAUGGAUGUAGCUGAGGAAGGAGGAGAUGUGGACGAUCUACUGGACAUGAUGUAGGCAGUGGAAGAACCUAAGAACAUGAGAACAGAAGAGCAUCUUGGUGGCUACAGGUCCUGAGGAGACUCCACAAAGGGUCUUCUGGGGAGGUUACCAAGAAGCCAUCCCAAGAGGGAUCUGCAGUUCUGACAGGGACCCGUAGAUCCCAAGCCAGAGGCUGAACUACAUAGCGAUAUUUUCUAUAUGAGUUAUUUUCUUAAGCCACAGAAAAUGUACCUGCCCAGGUGAUACAUGGAUACAAAGAGAAGCGAUGCCGGUUCUCUUCUUCUGAUCUUUAUCAUUGCUACUGAUACUGGAGCAUUAUUUGAAUAUUCUGUUAAGGCCCAAGUGAACAGAUUGCAUUCUGCUCACCUGGGCCGUGCAUCUAUCAUUGUUGUGGAGACAACCAAAAUAAAGUCAUUUUCCUGAGCUGCUGUUAGUAUUUUUACCCUGAGGCUUGCGCUACCUUCUGGGAGCAGUGAGGUGGCUGCAGGAAGAGCUACGUUCUUGAUUGUCCAAGAUGACUCACUGUGUCCAGUGGUCAUUGAAGAGAUUUACUUUCCUGCUGAAUGGGAUCCUGGGCUAGAAAAGCUUGAAUGCAAACUGAUCCCUUUUGGGGCUAAAUGGAGCCUUAGGGAGCAUCUGGUUUCAUCCCUUUUUUUUGCUAAAUGCAGAAGCCAAGGCCUAGAGAGCUAAAGUGACUUAGCUGAGGACAUAGAGCAGAAGCCAAAUUCAAGCGUCCUGACACUGGGUGCUAUUCAUGGAAGACUGGAUCCUGGCCCUCCAGUGGACCUCAGUUCAUCCCUGAUGCACUUUUCCAAUGAAGAAAGAAGAGGUCCUUUCUUGAGUGAGUCAUCAAAUAAAAAAGCCUCACUUUUCAAGGAAUGAGAAGCCCCGAGUUUCAAGUUCUCACUCUGGAGUUUACCAGGCAAGUCCCUGGCUCCUCUGAGUCUCCUGGGAUCACUCACAGACUGUAACGUGAACCCAGCUCCCCUGAGUUCCAGGGUCUUGCCCGGGAACACAGGAUGGCAGCCACACCCAAAUCCUUGGCCUCCAGACAGAGCAUUUAUUCCAUUGUCUGUCACUGUUGACUAGGUGAUUACUGAGAUCAGAAACCCAAAGUGAUAAUAGUUCACACAGGACUGACAGGGAAUUUGUUGUGUCGGUUUUUCCCUCCUGCAGGUAUUCCACGCUCAUGUCUGGGGGAGCCAUCCUCUUAUGGAACAAGGAGGUGAGAGCAGUCAUUCUUCCCACUCGCUUAUCUGUUCUCUCCAUCACUUCUGACACCUCCAUCCUCAGGACCCUGGACUUUGGAUUCCAUGCCGUUCUUAUCGUCACCUUCCCCCAUGUGUUCAUUGCUACCCUUUAUUCUCUGCUUUUAAUUGUGAAAGUCACACAAGCACAACACAGUUGAACCACUCCUGUGGAUUACAACUAAUUACUGAUGCGAUCCAGCAGAAUCCUUUAAUGCUGAGAAAUUAAAUGCAGAUACCAUAUGCAUUCAUUGAAACUUUGUCUCCAGAAGAGGACGUCAUGAAGGAUGCUUGACAUUGAGGGGAAUAAACAGUUCCAUUUGGAGCUCUAGGUCAUCUUGCAUCUGACAUUAUUGGCACAUGAUUUAGUGGCUUUUUUGAAAGAAAUACCAAGAAGAAGAUGCCAUUUUCUUACCAAUUAUAGUUCCUGCUGCAUGUUUGUGUUUUGAUGGAACCUGAAAGAUUUCCAAGAAACAGAAAAGCAAAGCUGAGGCUUUGCAAGCAUAGUUCCUGCAGGCAGAGACAGAUGCUUGCUUGCUUUUGCAACAAUAAGAAUUUCCAAGUGGAAUGAGCUGCCAAGUUCAGCUAAACAUUUAUUAAGCUCCAUCUAUGUACAGAAGAGCAUAUGUUCUACUGGAGUACACAACGUGUAAAUAGAUAAGUAGAUACAAGAUCAUUUAGUGAGAAAGACAGAGAAUGGGAGGAAGGAAAGAGAGAAUACACACUGACAACUCAGGGGUUGAGGAAAGGCUCCACAUAGGAACUGAUACCUGAAAUGAGCCUUGAGAGAAGGACUCCAAGAGGUGGUGAGGAGGGAGUGUGUUACAGGCACCAAGAAUGGCUUGUGUGGAAUGGUAGAGCAGGACCUUAAGAAAUGGACCACUUCAUCCGUCUUAAAAUGAGGAAUGUCAGGCAUAGUCUAACAUGCACACGAGACUUCCGGGUGGUUAACUUCAAAGCAUUCAGAGAGAAACUAGGUAGGCUCCCAUAGCCUAAGAUUCCACAGGGGAAGUUGGCUCAGAAGGGGUGGGAAUAUUUGAAAUAAAUAGAUCAGUGCCAAAGACAAAGAGACUAUUCUGAUGAGGUAGAAAAGGGGCAGGAGCUCGACCCAGCAGCAGUAUAGAUGCACGGGGAAUUAAGCAACCAAUAGAUACUUUUUUUUUUUUAACCAAAUUUAGGAUUUCAUUGGUGUAGGGAACUCCCUAGUGAGGAAGCCUUCUCUAUCAAUAGAGGUCAGCACCUGCUUUUCUUCUUACAGUCUUAGAAAGUUGCUUGGGGCAUUGAGAGGUUAAGUUACUUGACCCACAUCACAUAGGCAAUAUAUAUGUAUGUACUGGGCUCCUGGGGCUAACACCAAGGGUUGGAGAGCCCUGCCCAUUCCCUAACAAUAAACAGCUAAUGCCUUCUAAAUAAACAGUGAUAAAAUUAUUGCCCUAGAGCUACCAAAAGGUGACAGCAAAACCCAACACACAACCUGCGUUAUAUUCCAGUGCAAUUUAAUGAACUCUAUAGUAGGCUGGAUCUUGGGCUAAUAGUAAGCAAGUGCUCAGAAUAUAAAUGCUGCUCUCGGCUCCUUCAGUUACUUCCAGGUGACAAGCACACUCGUAAGUAUUAUUCUGGUCCUGAGCCAGCCUUUUCCGGGCCAACACAAGUCCUGUGUCUCUGGGGAGAUGACAGCAGGUCUUCAGGAGUGAUGUAAUCUCAGACAACAUCAAAAACAUGCAGUAAAAAUUCCCUGCUUCUGAUGUCAGUCCUCAUCUUUGAGGCCACUUGCUUUUCAGUUGUUCAACACUUAAAAGUUCCUCAGCUUGUGUGCAACCUUCCCUGAGUGCUAAAUGGCCAGAGAACAAGAAUCUAGCCUGCAGACUGUUCUGUACUUGUAAUUAGCCUUAGGUGUAGGUACCUCUUUGGUGGGAUGGCUCUCAUAACCUAAGGAUGGUAUACAGUAGUGACAUUAGGAGAUGUUGGUUUUCUCAAAAUGGGCAGUCUCCUCAACUUGGAUACUAAUACAUAUAGUAAGAAUGACCUUGGAAGGAGCCACUGUUAUCUUAGCAUUGGAGGGAUGGGGUAGAGAACAAAACAUUUUUCAGAAGUUAAAAGGAAACAAAUCUCACUUUGAUGUACAUACUUAUGAGACAGUACUUUGAAAAAAAAGCAUGCAAACAAAAAGUAUGAUAAAUCAUAUUUAAUAUAAAAAUUUAUACUUGGGAAAGGAGUUUCCCCAAAGGGUGUUGCCACAUGCAGUUUACAGUAGAAAUUAAGUACCAACCAUGUGUACAUUUCCCAUGUAGGUUAUGUGUAUGUCCACAUAGAUUUGUCUAAAUGCGAUUCAUGAGAAGACUUUAGUAGAUGUCUUGGGAAUCUUGUUCACCCUUCUCCAAGAGAGACUCUGAUUUUUGCUUGGAUAGGAGCAGAAGGUGCCAUGAAGCUAGCUAAUUCUCUCCUUAGAGGAGCACCCCCCACUCCCAAUAUUGCUAGUCUACAGGAAAUGAUUUUUUCUCUUAAGUUUAAGAUACUUUCCUGGUCAAUAUCCUUUUUUUGGUUGUUUUGGUUUUUUGUUUUUUUCGGGGCAAUGAGGGUUAAGUGACUUGCCCAGGGUCACACAGCUAUUAAGUGUCAAGUGUCUGAGGUCAGAUUUGAACUCGGGUCCUCCUAAAUCCAGGGCCGGUGCUCUAUCCACUGCGCCACCUAGCUGCCUCCUCAAUAUCCUUUAAAGAGGAAUGUAUGCCCUAAGCCUUACAACUUCCCAUAAAAUGUUAGCUACACAAAAGACCAUCACAAAUUGUGAAUAGUUAGCAAACCUGUUUAUCCAAGCAGAUAGCAAACAACAAUUAGAAGUUAUUAGAAUUAGAUUAGAAUAUACCCAACAACAAUUCACAGAGUGAAUGAGCUCUCCCACUGGGAGUAAGAUGUCUCCACUCAAAUGAGAGAAAAUCCCCAAUAAUAACCAAAGGGAAAUUUCCUGAAGUCUCUCGGGAAAUAGGCUGGAAAUUAGAAACAUUUUAGCUAACCAGCUCUCCCAUAUCUGCCUUCAAGAACCUGUUUUCUUUUUCUGGAUUUCUCCUCAAAGAGGAUCUGGAACCACAGGUCUCUUAUGAAGCAAAAAGGAAGAAGACUAUGUCCCGUCUCAUUCUUUCCACCAGUGAGAACUUUAUUAUGCAAAUCUAGGUUCGACCCUGGUUAGGUUCACAAUAUCAACAAUAAUACAAGCUUAAUCCAUCCCUUAACCUUACAUUUAAAGUAAGAAUUCACACAUCAAUAGCACUUCAAACUGCAAAGGGGUCACAGUCAAAAUGAGGCACUGACUAAUGAAAAGAAAGGGUACUGUUGAUAAUGUGUCAGAGGCAGAAUUUGAACCCAGAUCUCCCUAAUCCAGACAUGUUGACUACAGAGGCAAGGAGAGGUAAUAGAGGAUAAAUAUAAAGGCAUGCCACAAUCCUGUGCUAAGCAGCAUUAAGCAAAGGCUUUGGAGAAAAACUCAGAACAACAAAAGGGUUGUUUUUUUCUUUAUGUCAGUAUAGAGAAAAGAGGAGGAUCAAAAAAGGUUGAGGACUGCUUUUCAGGGUAGAGAGGAAAAUGAUAACUAACCAAUGAGAGAAGGCAGAACUGGUCAGAAAAAAACAUGGAAGAGCGAACUCUUGAGUCAAAGAAUCUGGGUUCAAAUCCCACAUCUUAUGCUCACCACCUUUGUGGCCUUGGUUAAGUCACUUAAUCUUGCACCUCAGUUUCCUCAUCUGUAAAAGAAGAGGGUUAGAAUAGAUGGCUUCUGAGGCCCUUUCUAGCACUAAGUAUGACACCUUUGGGUACUAAACUACCAUAUACAAUUACCUGCAACUGUCAGUAAUUGAGAAGAUGAGAGUGAUGCCCAUUUUCCAUUGGGUUGAAGACAAGGCAGAUGACCCCAUUCUCCAAAAGUGGAAGAUAAUGAAAUCUGCCAACUAUGGGCCAGUGACCUUGAAUUUGAUGACUAAUGGAAUUUUACAAUGGAUUAAAAACAUUAGUGAACAUAGGCUUUGUAAUAAUUAUAGACAGAACUUUCCUUCUUUACAGGGGAGCAGACACUGGAAUAACAUAGCAACCAGCAAAUCAGAAGGACUUCUGAACCCCGGGGCUGCUUGACAUACCAGUGAUCCUUUGCAAGUGAACUCUAGCUGAAUUUGGAGAUGCCUGUAGCUGCCCAAAAACACAAGCAACUUUGACCAGCUCAAGGACAACCUUGAGAAGCAGCUGCAGCCUUGAGAGCUUGCUUGGACCUUUGUAAACAUCCUGCUUCUUAAUGUUUUUACAGAUGUCUUCUCUUUUAGCUCCUCAGUCGCCACUCAAAAGCCUCUAAAAAAACGAUCUUGCUCUUUUCCACACACCUUUUUUGAGUAGCUGAGAAUUCUCCCUCUCUGGUCCCUUGCAAGCUCUUCUCAGACAAUAAACACUUUUGUAAUUUGUGAUCAGGCUUUUAUUUUGGGUCCCUUUUUGGGCCCAGGGGUCUUUUGCUAAC